AUGAGACACAAGUUCGAAGAAAAUGUGAUGGUAGAUGGGGAUCUCAGCAAGGAGUCUUUUUUUAACUUCCUGAGCACGCAGUUGAAGAGACUUGAUCAGCAGAUCGUGCUACUAAGCCUGCACAAGAACACGCUGCUGCGGAAAUCUAAAUCUUUGCGCGCGGAGUUGCCAAAUCUCCAGGAAAUGCGAAAAAAUCUGUUUGCCGUAGACGUCGACAUACAGAACAUUAGCACUGAGCAGGCAGUGAAGAGGUUCGAAGAGCAGGAGGUGCAGAUCCCGAAGAGGAAGGCCAUGCUGACGCAGAUCGGGAAGGUGCUGCGCCGGCGCGCGGAGGGCCUGGCCGGCACGGAGCGCCGGCUCCGGGAGACGGAGGGCCGCCUGUCCUGGGGCGCGCGCAAGCUGGAGGCCCUGCGCUCCGAGCUGAGGGCAGUCGAAGGGCAGGAGACGGACGCCCGCGCAGGGCUCGAGAGGAUGGGGCGCGUCGCGGGCGGGUACCGCGCGCCGCCGCCGCUGGACUACGUGCGCACCGCCGAGGAGCUGGGGCGCCUGCGGAGGCAGCUGGCGGAGUGGCGGCACAGGAAGCACGUCCAGGACGCCACUCUGGCGAGCCUCGAGAAGGACGUGGGGGCCGCGAUGAAGAAGGUCCCGGAACACCUCAGGUUGAAGUUCAGGCGGAUGAUGCGAGGAGACCAAGUGGACAGUCCAGCUGACGUCGACGAGUCGGCAUCGCCAACACUCCUCCCAGCUCCUUCCAAACCACUUUGA